AUACGAGUACCAGCUUUUUAUUGUGUAGUUCAACCUGUUAGGUGAAAUACACCACACAGAUUGUAAACAAAUGAUGACUCCAAAUGAACUCUCUGAUACACUCAACUUCAGCUUUAGAAGAUCGCUCCAUCGAGACGUGUUCAGUCUGACCACAGCCAUGCAAUAUUUAAAAACUCAAAAAAGUCAACCACUGUCACAAUUAUGGCAUAUAAAGACACAGAGAUGUGGAUUGCGACACACUGUGUACUCUGCCAAUGGGGAUGAAUACACAGGAGAAUGGCUUGACAACAAGAAGCACGGAAAAGGAACUCAAGUUUGGAAGAAGGAUGGCGCUGUUUAUGAUGGGGACUGGAAACUUGGAAAACGUGAUGGAUAUGGCACCUACAGCAUUCUACUUCCAAAAACCAAUGAGUACUCAAGACUGUACUGUGGUAGAUGGAAAAAUGGCAUGAAGCAUGGGUAUGGAACAUACUUCUACAGUAGCUCGGCUGUUUAUGAGGGGGAGUGGAGUGAAGACAAGCGGAAUGGCUGGGGACGAAUGUACUAUGAUAAAGGAGACAUAUAUGAGGGAGAGUGGAUGAAGGAUAAGAGCCAUGGACAGGGCAUCAUUCGACUUGCAAAUGAAAACUGGUAUGAAGGCGGCUGGAAGGAUGGAAAGAAGCAUGGAAAUGGAAAGUUCUACUAUUUGGACAAGGGCCAGCUUUAUGAAGGCCUUUGGGUGGAUGGAGUGGCAAAAUGUGGAACUCUCUCUGAUCAUGGAAGGGAUGAGGCACCAAUACCAACAAAAUAUCCAAUUCCAAAGGUGCACUUGUUGGAUAUGCAAGCUGUUUUGAAGGAAACCCAAUCUACUUAUCAGUGAUCGGUGUUCAUAAAGAAGACUAAGAGGAUGAACAGCGAGUCCAAACUCUGGAUGCAGUCCAGUUUUACAGGAAUUACAUUCCAACACCAAACCCUGCAAUAUGAUGCAGCAGUAUUGUACCAUUGUGAACUAACCCAGACUGCCUGAAAUCUUGUGAAAGGUACAAGAAAACUAUAGGGCUGUACUAGUAACGACAAUAAAUCGAUGACUACUGGGGAAAAAGUGAUCCCUAAUCAAAAUAGUUCAACAUAUCAUGUGCACAAAGCAAAAUCUGCCUAAUUGUUAUUGUUUUGUUACAGCGGAUUUGAUAGAUGUUUGAAUUCUGAUAGUCCUUGUAAACUGUUACAUCAACACAAUGAUACACAAGUGGCACUUCACUAAUUCACUAGCACCCCAACAAAAAUACUCAUAACAGCAUCCUGUGGUGAAAAGGCAGCACCCUUGGUCACUCCUGGUGACAACCUUGACUUCCACUUCUGAAUGCAUCACUACUACCACUUCCACACUGAACCACUUCCUCGUCUAGUAUUUUCUUAAGUAUAUCCAUUUACCAAAAAAAAAAAAACUCAAUGUGCCUAUUGCUAAAUUAUUCUGUUA